AUGACAUUAACAUUUGUUUGACAAUGUGAACGUGUUCGUGGUUGGCAUAUUAUUGAAUAUAAUACAAAUAUCAAUCGUAUCAAAAUUCGUCAAUAUGUUCAUUUACCAAAUAGACAUGAACAAGAUUUAGUUGUUGAGUAUCAUUGUUAUUUAUAUAUAAAUAUUAUCAAAGUUAGUAUUUCAAUAGAUCUUGUUCGAGAACAUAUAAUUAAAUUAAUAUUACAUGCAGAAUGGAUUAAGAUACAUAUACAAGAUAGAUCAACUUAUGAUACAACAAUGUUUUCUUUUUUUGAUUGGAUUGAAGCUAUUAAAAAAAAAAAACAUAAAAACAUCGGAGAGAAGAAUAUUGAUCAUACUACAAUUAUAAACGAAAAUAAUGUUUGA